AUGGCUUUGUGGAUUGCUGGUGAAUCUGAGAAGGAGAAGUUUUUUGUAAAAUCAGGUGUUCAGUUAAAGGAACAACCGAAAGCUAAAAAGUGGGAAGAGGUAACAAGAAUGUCGCUGAUGGGUAAUCAAAUUGAAAAUCUAACUGAGAUACUGGAAUGUCCCAAACUCCAAACUUUGUUUCUUGGCAGGAAUGAUUUGAAGGUAAUCAUGGAUGAUUUCUUUAAUUCUAUGCCGAUGCUAAGGGUUCUAGACUUGUCCUACAAUGUGAAUUUGGAAGAAUUACCGGUAGGAAUUGCAAAGUUGGUUUCACUAGAACAUCUCAAUUUGUCAGAGACAAGAAUAAAAAAGUUGCCAGUCGAAUUGAAGGCUCUAGCAAAGCUGAAAUAUUUGAAUUUGGAGAAAACAAGCAGGCUGAGUAUGAUCCCUCAACAACUGAUAUCCAGUUUCUCCAAGUUGCAAGUACUGAAAAUGGUGGGUUGUGGUUAUAGAUGUUCGUUGGUUUUGGAGGAAAUGGAGCAUUUAAAAUAUUUGAAUGUGUUGACUCUUUCUUUUAAAAGCACUUCGGAGUUGGAAAAAGCUUCGAGGUUCAACAAGUUCUUUAGCUGUGCCAUUGAACGUGUAUGCCUUGAAUAUUUCAGAGAUUCAAGAUCAUUGAAUAUUAUGGCUUUAGCAAAACUGCAGCAUCUAUGUACUUUAAGACUCUCGAGGUGUUGGGAUCUAGAGGAAGUGAAGAUCGAACGUAACAUAACUGAAGGUGCAGGAUGCUUCCAUAGCCUUCGAACUGUAAUCCUAGACGAAUGCAAUCAUUUGAGGGAUGUGAGUUGGGUAACUUUUGCUCCACAUUUGGAAGAACUAUAUAUAUUGGAUUGCGAAGGUUUAGAAGAAAUCAUCAGUGAAGAAAAACUUGGUGAAGUCGCUGAGCUAAAAGGAAAUUCAAACUUGUUGUCUAAGCUAGAGAUUUUGCAUCUAUGGGGUUUGCCCAAACUAAAGACUAUAUACCAGCAUGCUUUGCCUUUCCCACAGCUGAAGAAAAUAUACAUUAUACGAUGCCUAAUGUUAAAGAAGCUCUCACUAAACUCCAAUAGUGCAAAAGGACAGAGGCUGGUCAUUUUUGGAGAGGAGGGAUGGUGGAAAGAUGUAGAAUGGGAGGAUGAAUCUACUAAAAUUGCUUUUCUCCCCUCUUUCAGACCUUUUUAA